AUAAAUAGCAGACACACACACUCCCGAGCCCAACCCAAAGCUUGAUCAUCAUCGUCUCCUCUGCUUUCCCUCCAAAAUUGCUGAAGCCAUUCUCGCUCUCGAUCUCGAUCUCGAUCUCUGAAGCAAGCAAGAAAAUGGAGGAGUAUCUGCAGUACAUGAAGACAUUGCGCUCUCAAAUGAACGAUGUGGAGGAUCAAGCAGCGAAGGUCUUAGUGGAGGAGCAAAUGCAAUUAACCACCAUCCAGACCUUGAACAACGAUCUCAAUUCUGCAAUAUCCGAAACAAAACGAUUCAUGGAAGACAUUGAGCAGAUGAAGAAUGCUAAGGGUCAAAUAUGCUCACAGAUUCUGGAAAGACAGAGAAAGAUAGUUUGUUUGGAGUCAGAUUCAUCCACCCUUAUCCAGACUCUGGAGCUUAUUGAACAAGAAAGGAUCAACUUGGCUGCCAAGCUUAUUGAGAAGAGCACUUACUACUUGAAAGUGUCAGGUGAUAUUAAUGCCAAAUUGCAGGAACAACAGGAUUGGAUUAAUUGUCACCAGACUACUACAGAACAUGGAGAACCUGGAAUGGUUAAGGAUACAAUUGAUGAGCAAAGAGUUGAUAUUCAAGGGAAGGCUAGCAUUGGUGACCACCUCUGCAUGGAUGAUCAGGACAAUGACGCAAGAAAGAACCUAAUGGCGAUGGUUGACUCUGCUAAAGUCAAGCUUGAUGAGAUUCUACGAAUGAAAUCUGAACUUGUCGGGGAGAAUUACAAGACGAAGCAGGGUAUUGAGCAACUAAAUUGCAGGGAAAGUGAUUUUAAGCCAGAGCUAAGGGCAUUGGACAUAAAGACCUUGGAGGACGAAUACAAUGCUCUUUUAUCAGAUAAAGCUGGAGAAACUGAAUACUUGAAGUCUCUGCAGGACCAAAUUGAGAAAAUGAAGGGUAUAUCUCAUGUGCUUAAAUGUGCUUGCGGAGAGGAAUACAAAGUAGAACUGGACUCGUGUGUAUGAAGAAACUUGAAACAUGCACAUGAAUUGGGGUAAGAUGGACGGCUCAGAAAUGAAAGCUUCUCUUGGCUAGAAUACUUGGCUUGCUUUUCAGGUAACCGUGCAAACAAAAAAUCAAAACUGAUUGUAUAACUAUCUGCAGUAGGAACAUGUUGACAUUACUUCAGUAGCUGGUACAUGCAACUUGAAUGUACGUAAUUUGUGAAUAGAUGUUGGUUGAACUCUGGACGGAUCGCUCAUGAAAACUCUCUAAAAUACAUGAAAUGCCAUCACAUCCUAAGUAUGAAGUGAUUCCUGUUAGUUGUGAUAAGUCUACCGUUAACCAUUAUGGAAAAUUGAUGUCUUAUGUGACAGGCACAGAGCCUGUAGCCACC